CACACAUAGCCAAUCUGAGCCCGUGACUAAAGCGCCAUCUCUCCGGCUGCACACUCCAGGCUGCCUUCACUCCGCUGCCUGGUCUGCAGCCGCUGAGAGCCGCCUCUCAUUUCAAAGCGCAUUCUGCACUCGUCUCCGCGCAGCGCCGGACGUCUCUCUGCAGGAACCAGCACUCUCACGGAAAUCUAACGUCAAAAUAUACUAUCGCGUAUAUAUAUGUAUGUAUAUAUAUAUGCACACAUUUUUUUUUUCUUGGAGUAACCCAGCUACAGGCACUUUUUGCUGCUUGCUCUUUGCCAAGCAUGGGGUGCGAUGAGGGAAACAACCUGGAAGGAAGGAGGGAGGAGAUAGAUUACUAGACUGGUGAGGAUAGAAAAGGGGAACCGUGCAAUAAGAAUAUAUAUACAUAUAUAUGUGUAUAUUUAAAUAAAUAACAGCCUUGGAGCGAUUGUACAGACUCCUGACCUCGACCUGCUCGGACGGUGGAGAAAACUGGUUGUUGAAAUGGAGAUGUCGAGAUUUUCCCUCAUCCCGUCUCCUCCUCCUCCUCCUCCUCCUCCUCCGACGCGCACGCUGCCGAGGCUGCUGAUGAUGAUGUUUGCGUAGGAGUGUUUUAUUUUGCGGACAGCCGCUGGUGAACCAGCCUCUCCUGUUCAAACAACUCCAGACAGACAAGCGGUGGAUGGAACCGGAGCUCGUCUUUCCAGAGAUAUUACCCGUGUCGUUCUCUUGUUUUUUUUCCCCCCCUUCUCUCCUUGGAGUGUGUUUCGGCUUUAUUUUUACGCUGCCUUUCUUUCUUUCUUCGAGUCUGGGAUUGGACAGCAAGUGUUUUGCAUGCGAAUGAGCAGAAUGUGUCGGGAAAAGUAGUCCAGAAGCAAAGAACACAUCUGCUAUCGUGUCUUUUUUUUUUUUUUUUUUUUUUUUUCCUAAACCACCGACACGUACAGGGGGUCAGCACCUCGAGGGUCGAGCUCCUGAUUUUGCUGAUUACUUUUCCGGCAUUGGGGGCUUUUUUUUUUUUUUUUCUUCAUUAUUCAGUGACUGAGGUCGACACAAACUACAACCAGCAGAGGUCGGGACCUGAGCUCCCAGAGAGCCACCACUACCCUCGAUGUGACCCGGUGAAUUCCUCUUAUCUCUGAAGGGUGUUGAUGGAGAGCCAUUCGAAUGACAGCCGGGACAGUGGUCAUCACUGGUGGAAUUCUAGCUACAGUAAUAUUACUCCUUAUCAUCGCAGUACUGUGCUACUGUAGGCUGCAGUACUAUUGCUGCAAGAAAGAAGAGUCCGAGUCGGAGGAGGAGGAGCCGGACUUUGCCGUCACGUCUCGCCUCCCGCCUGUCCACUCCAAUCACAACAUUGUGGCGGCGACGGCCGCCGCCUCCGCCAUCCCAAAUGGCCCCGCCCUUUUCUCUACCCCUCCUCUGGCCAGGAAACUAACACGCUCACAGACCUUCUGUCCCUCCUGCACGCACUAUGAGCUGCCUUUCUACCUCCAGCCGCCUCAGCCGCAGCUCCACCAUCAACCAGAUGGGUUGAGGAACGGAGGCGACCGGAUCAGCUACCGCAGCGUCCAGCAGCAGGACCUGGACCUGCCAGUGCCUGUGAACAUUUCAAACUACCGUAAACCGAACCUGGCCCGGUCGGUCACCAUGAGGGACAUGUUUACCCGCAGCUGUAGCAUCAGCACUGAUGUUUAGCUGGGCAAGGUUGGAAUUUAAUUGAGAUGGCCUAAUCUGGACUGGGCUUGAGUUAGACUGUGUUUGUCUUUUUGACUAGUUUAAUCAAGUCUAGCAUGGUCUGAUCUAGUCUGGUCUCAUUCUCCUGGUCACCUCUUGCAGAAUGGAGGACUCAGCUGGCUCUCAGGACAGGAUUUUCAAAGGUACUAUGCUCAGGUCCAGGACCUUACACUUGGGCAAGUGUUGAGUUUUAAAGUAUUCAAAAAGUGUUGAAUCAUCAAUAACAUGAACUCCUUGGUUUGUUCUGUUUUGAAUAUGUCUUUUUUAACGAUGAGAAUGGAAUAUGUUUUACGAUUUGAUAACGUUUGUUUUGCCCAACUUCCUCUGGAUUCUGCUACCCAUGGCCUGAAAGAUAAACAGAUUCCCGCCAUGUCAGAAUGACAUAAUCGGCAGGGAUUUUCUCUCUGCCAUAGCUGCUACAAAACAAAAUAUGAUUAGGUGAAGUCCAGUGUUUCCCCCUCCUAUGACGGGAUGAUCUGUCUGUUCCUCCAUCCACAGAUUACAGAGAUUAAACAUCACUAGACUGGAGUGGGAAGGGGGAUGUCAUGCUUUCGCUGCCACCCAUAGAUAUUUUAGAUAGACUUAACCUAGGCCAUAAUAUUUUAAGACAUUAAGGGCUCUCAGAAGAUGGAAAUCCCAACUUGCUUUCCACAUCCUUUCAUUGAGGUCUGGUUUCUCUGAGGAUCUGCUGACAACACAAAGUGUAUACGUACAGUACACUACACUUCAGCAGAGACAGAUCUCCGUGUUCCUGCAGGCUGGGCUGGACUAGGUGCCAAAGGGGGAUGGGUUCUUGCAACGUGUGCAUUCGUGUGACUGUGCUUGCAUGCGUGUGUGUGUGUGUGUGUGUGUGUUUGUUUAACUCGAUCAAACCAGAAUUCUUAUUCCAUACAACUAAACACAGUCUGAUCCCCCGCCGCCCCCCCAACUGUAUGUAUACUGAACCCAGCAGUGGGUUGCAAUAACAUUUAUUAUUAAGUGUGAAGGGAUUGUAUUAAUUCCCAUGUGCCACUUUACCUUUAAAUUCAUCUUAAAGCUAAGAACGACCCAACCAGACGACAGGACAAACUCUAAGUGGGUUUGCAACUAUUUUGUAAAUGUUUAUUUUACUGAUUAAUGCUAUAACCUAGGUUGUAGGUGCCAGUCAGCGGAGCAAAAAGUUUUUACUGCAACACUUAACUUGACAGCGUGAUACUCAUUCUAGCUCUUCACUGAGGUUUCAGUUGGUGGACUUUUCACCGCAUUCCUUGUGUAGUCUCUGAUUUGUUGAUGUAUGGACUCGUGGGCUAGAGAUUAAUCCACCUUUAAAGGCACAUCUAUAAAUAUUUAACAGGCCAUAACAUACACUCCAGUCUCUCUCUCUCACUCUCUCUCUCUUCUCUCUUCUCUCGACUCGUUGGACUGAGGAACAUUUGCUCUUGCUCUGAGGUACACAGAGAGUUCCUUCUCGGGGGCUGGUUUUAUUUUCUGCGCUUGGCUGACCGGCCUGAUAUUCUGACUGGAGUUUUAUGGACACGGGACACACAUUUAAUGAAUGAAAUUAUUUACUGCUUGAUUUCGAGAAGAAAUGCUGGCGGUUGUGUGAGGGGCCUGGAAGCUGAUUGGAUUGUCUACGCUGCCCCACCACUCAAAAUGGAUGGUAAACGUUGUUGUACCUCUCUCAAUCUCUUUCUCUCUUUCUGUCUCUGUUGAUCUUAUCAGCAAUCAUGCUCAUUUAUUUAUUUUCCCAACGGGUAAAAACAGUGAGUGAUUUUGUUUUUAAGUUUUUUCCUCUUGUGACAUGUGCUUCCCUGCAAAUACAUGACGAUACACAUGUACACACACAGACAGACAGACACACACACACACACACACACACACACACACACACACACACAAACACACACAGUUCUCACUGCUAUGCUUUCCUUACUUUAUAACAGAAAUGUGACAGUUGCACAAGAAAUGUAGUGCCAUAAAGAAUUACAAGAGAAAUUUAUUAUUAAUAUUAUUAUGAUUACUUACAAGUGUUUAUUCAAAUGCUGUGUUGCUUUUACCCUAUAGUAAUUGAAUUACUUGCUUUAUUUUAUGAUCCAGCUGGUUUUUCAGACUUAGUACAGUACAGCAGAAAUGUUUCUGUCCUUGUUUCUAAUGUAUAACUAACAGACACAUUGUUUCUAAUAAAAUGGUGUGAAAAUCC